GGUACUUCUGGGGCUGAGGGUCGGAGGUCCCACCACGUCUUACUCCCGCACUCUCGGACAGGUGAACAAACCCCCUCCGACCGCCCUUACAUGACUAGAAACGGACUCAAAAACUCCGCCCUCCGCUGUUCUUCCCCCGCCCCUCGGCAUCCAGAAAGACAGACGGCCUGCCCCGCCCCCCCGCGACCGACUGACUCACUGACCUCGGGACAGUCCGCCGCUGGGUCCCCGCCCGUGACGCCAGUCUUGAGGUCCAUUAGCACCUCCUCCUCCCCGCCCCCUGCCCACUUCACCCAACCCGCACCUUGGGCCCUCUGGGCAGGUCGACAGCCUGGGGCACUCCUCAACCCCAUUCCCAGUCCCGGAAGAGCAAUUCCCAGUGCCGCGUUUCCCUGUGACCCCGCAGCCGCUUAGCAGACCUGCCAUUUUUCCCUACAUCAUCAGGGGUUUGGGAGGCACCCUAAGGGCAGAUACUUGGCUGCUGAGCAGAGUUUCUUCCGGGCUCAGGCCUGAGCCCCGCCUCCGAAGCCAAGGAAGGGCUCUGCUCUGUAUACAGCCCUGGUGAGGUCCCUUGGCCAGGAUGUCGGGCCUGGUGUUAGGGCAGCGGGAUGAGCCUGCAGGGCACCGGCUGAGCCAGGAGGAGAUACUGGGGAGCACUCGGUUGGUGAGCCAGGGGCUGGAGGCCCUACACAAUGAACACCAGGCUGUGCUGCAAAGUCUGUCCCACACCAUCGAGUGUCUGCAGCAGGGAGGCCACGAGGAAGGGUUGGUGCAUGAGAAGGCCAGGCAGCUGCGUCGUUCCAUGGAAAACAUCGAGCUGGGGCUGAGUGAGGCCCAGGUGAUGCUGGCUCUAGCCAACCACCUGAGCACAGUAGAGUCGGAGAAACAGAAGCUGCGUGCUCAGGUGCGGCGGCUGUGCCAGGAAAACCAGUGGCUGCGGGACGAGCUGGCAGGCACUCAGCAGCGGCUGCAGCGCAGUGAACAGGCUGUGGCUCAGCUGGAGGAGGAGAAGAAGCACCUGGAGUUCCUGGGGCAGCUGCGGCAGUAUGAUGAGGAUGGGCACAGCACGGAAGAGAAAGAGGGCGAUGCCACUAAGGAUUCCCUGGAUGAUCUCUUCCCCAACGAGGAGGAAGAAGACCCCAGUAAUGGCUUGUCCCGUGGCCAGGGCACCCAGCCAGGCGGAUAUGAAAUCCCAGCAAGGUUGCGGACGCUUCACAACCUAGUGAUCCAGUACGCAGCCCAGGGUCGCUAUGAGGUGGCUGUGCCACUCUGCAAGCAGGCACUAGAGGACCUGGAGCGCACAUCCGGCCGCGGUCACCCUGAUGUCGCCACCAUGCUCAACAUUCUCGCCUUAGUGUAUCGGGACCAGAAUAAGUAUAAGGAAGCUGCCCAUCUACUGAAUGAUGCCCUCAGCAUCCGAGAGAGCACCCUGGGCCGGGACCAUCCUGCUGUGGCUGCCACACUCAACAAUCUGGCUGUGCUCUAUGGCAAAAGGGGAAAAUACAAGGAGGCGGAGCCGCUGUGCCAACGGGCACUGGAGAUUCGUGAAAAGGUUCUGGGCACUGACCACCCAGAUGUAGCAAAGCAGCUGAACAACUUGGCGUUGUUGUGCCAGAACCAGGGCAAGUAUGAGGCUGUUGAGCGCUAUUACCAGCGGGCUCUGGCCAUCUAUGAGGGGCAGCUGGGGCCAGACAACCCUAAUGUUGCCCGGACCAAGAACAACCUGGCUUCCUGUUACCUGAAACAGGGCAAAUAUGCUGAGGCCGAGACACUAUACAAAGAGAUCUUGACCCGUGCCCAUGUGCAGGAGUUUGGGUCUGUUGAUGAUGACCACAAGCCCAUCUGGAUGCAUGCAGAGGAGCGGGAGGAAAUGAGCAAAAGCCAGCACCGUGAUGGCAGUACACCCUAUGCUGAGUAUGGAGGCUGGUACAAGGCCUGCAAAGUGAGCAGCCCCACAGUGAACACUACUCUGAGGAACCUAGGAGCUCUGUACAGGCGCCAGGGAAAGCUGGAGGCAGCUGAGACCCUGGAGGAAUGUGCCCUCCGUUCCCGGAAACAGGGCACUGACCCCAUCAGCCAGACCAAGGUGGCGGAGCUGCUUGGGGAAGGUGAUGGUGGAAGGACCUUCCAGGAGAGCCCAGGGGGCAGUGUGAAAUUCGAAGGAGGUGAAGAUGUGUCUGUGGCUGUGGAGUGGUCAGGGGAUGGAAGUGGGACCCUGCAGAGGAGUGGCUCGCUGGGUAAGAUCCGGGAUGUGCUUCGUCGAAGCAGCGAGCUCCUGGUGAGGAAGCUCCAGGGGAGCGAGCCUCGGCCUUCCAGCAGCAACAUGAAGCGGGCAGCCUCCUUAAACUAUCUGAACCAGCCCAAUGCAGCACCCCUCCAGGGCUCUCGGGGCCUCAGUGCCAGUACCAUGGACCUCUCGUCAAGCAGUUGACAUUCAACCAACCCCCCUAGGUCUGCUGCUGUGUCCCCUUACAGCCCUCACAGCAUUCCCCAUUGCUCCUGGCUCUUCCUCACUCCAAGGUGGGACAGUGAGGGGGAGCGGUUUAAUCGGGGAUUGCUUCUGCCCUUAGGGUCUCUGCUCCCUCCUCAGGAAUCCCCCUCAGGAAGGACCCUCAGGAUGCCCUCUCCCCACCCUAUGGUUCUCUAGAGUAGCUAACUCUGAGGCCCAUAAAGUGGGUAAGAAGCAGUUAUGGACCUCAGAGAUGCCACCUGCUGCUGGCUUCUCUAUCACAGGAUUUGGGGGCUGGCCAGCCAAGCCACCUUGCCCUGGCCUCUCUUGUUCCCCUCUGCUGCCUCACUUCAGGUCCAUGUAUUUCACUUUUCUUAAAUAAAAGAAUCAGGUAAAUACUUGAUUGCUGAUUGCCACUUGAAUCCUGAUUGAAGAGAGCAGAAAGGAGAGAUAGUGUUGGGGCCCUUCAGUUAUGGAUAGAAUUGUGUCCCCCCAAAUUAUAUUGUAAAUCCUUACCUCUAUGCCUGUGGUUAUAAUCCCAUUUGGGAAUGGGUUGUCUUUGUUAUGUUAAUGAGAGAGAAUUAGUAUAUGUUGUGUUUUGAGUCAAUCUCUUGAGAUAUAAAAGAGACUAAACAAGCAAAUGAGAGAAGCAGAGACUGGGAAGAGAGAUGCCAAGCCACAUGAAGACUGUCCAGGAGCAGAAGCUCAGAAGAAACAAGGACCUUCCUCCAGAGCUGACAGAGAGAGAAAGCCUUCCCUUAGAGCCAGCGCCUUGAAUUCAGACUUCUAGCCUCCUAAACUGUGAGAAAAUAAAUUUCUGUUUGUUAAAGCCAUCCACUUGUGGUAUUUCUGUU